AUGUUACAGGAUAUUAUUGACGACAUCAGAACAUCGCGUAAUUUUGACAUUUUCAUUAUUGGAGGCGACAUGAACGCCAAAGUUGGUCUACUAAAUCCCUGGCCAGCUGACCUCUUCACAGGAUCUCAAUUACAUGACUUUUUUUGCACUACGGAUGAUACUACGUGUGAAAGAGGCCGGAGGAUCACAGAUUUUAUGGUCGAAAACGACUUUGUGCUCAUUAAUGGAAGGUCAAUCAGUGACAGCCCUGCUCAACCAACGUAUGACAACCUAGGAUCAUCAAUCAUUGACCUUGUGUGGUCUGAUAUUUCUUCCUUGCAUCUUUUAAAGAAUCUUGAAGUUCUCCUAGAACCAUCACUGUCUGACCAUCACUCAGUCUGCCUAAGCAUCUCACUGGAAGCCACUCUUCACACAGUAGAAGAGAUGAAAACAAGAGAUUCAAGACUCAGUAAAAUUAAAUGGUCUGAAAGUGCAGCUGACCAGUACCGAGAACAUUUAUCAAACCGACUGACUUCUUUGGAUGCUCUGACCCUCUCUACAGAGCAAUUUCAGUCACUUCUACACGAUCAUAUGUUAUUUGCUGCUUCCAGUGCCAAUCUGGUCGUAAGAUUCGGCUCCUCUGCUCGCAACUGGACUUUCCGUAAUCCCUGGUUUGAUGCGAGUUCCAAGGUAGCACGAUGUGAACUACGAAAGGCUAUGAAAAAUUCAAAAAACGACAGAAAUAACGCAAGUCUCAGGAGCGAAGUCACCCUCAACAAGAAAAAAUACCGAGAAGUCUGUAAUGCCAAGAAAAAAGACCAUGUAGAUUCCAUCAAAUCGGCGUUCGAUAAUGUUAAGGCACCGUCUGAGUUUUGGGCGGCCGUCAGAAAGUUCAGCUUUAAACACGGCUCUAACUCGGAAAUUUCUAUCACCAACUGGAACAAUUUUUACACAGCGAUUCUCAAGCCAAGAUCUAUUACAGUAUUUGUACCGUAUAACUGUUCCAAUGAAAUCUUGGAUGCAGAAAUCUCGACUGGAGAACUCAACCGGAUACUAAACACACUAAAAUCUGGUAAAGCUGCCGGUCCCAACUUACUAACUAAUGAGCUGUUUAAGAACUUCCCAAUACAACAUAAAGAACUGUUAAGAGACUUAUUUAAUAGAGUGCUCAUUGAAGAAAGAGUCCCGAAAAGCUGGGCAAAGAUAUGGAUGACGAUGCUGCAUAAAAAAGGAGACAAGAACGACCCAAAUAACUACCGUGGGAUUGCCCUUAUCAAUAUAAUCACCAAAAUCUUCACCAAUACCCUAAAGAAACGCUUGGACACAUGGAUGGAUAAAGAGAAUGCUCUGCCCGACUCUUAG